AUGGCCCAGCCCGCGCGAGAUGCACCCGCAUCUCCAGACCCGCUCGAGAAGGAGCUGGAUGAAGACAUCCAGUCCAUUCGCGCAGAAAUCCGCACUCUCCAACGCCGCAAACGUUUUCUUGCCUCGAGCCUCCUCUCCUCAGACUCCGUCCAAAAGCUCACGCGCAAGCUCCCACCAGCUCUAACUUCCAUCCACGAUGAAGUCUCGCCCCUUAUUCACGCCGCAGGCAAACACUCCGAAUUAAACCACUACCGUAUCGGCUUCGGUACUACCGCAUUCCCAUUCAAAGAUCCAUCGCCCGCCGCGCCGACCGAGAGCUUGCUUGGCGUGCGGAUCGAUAUCUGCGCGCGGAACGGUCGCUUCGCGAAACCAUACUAUGUACUCCUGAAAUCAGAGCACGCCCGUGGUGAGGUCAAGAAGAGGCUCUGUGUUCAUCGGCAUACCAUCCCGGCGUUUAUCGCGCUGUCGAAGCUCGAGAGCGUGUACUUGCCGUUUCCUGUGUCGCGCAAGGUGCAGGGGGAAGAUGAUCAUGGAGAAGAGUCUGACGGGGAAGCGAUUGAGGCCCUGAAGCCUGUACAAAAAGGCCGGAACGCUGGGGGGAAGCAAGAUCUCCGGGGGUUUGUUCGCGAGUUACGACGGGAGCUGGUGGCGUGGCAUCUCCGCACAGAUGCGAUUGAGCUUCUGCGCGAGAAACUGGGGUUGAGCGAAGAGUCUCAAUUAGAUCCCGCUGAGCGCUUGUCGCCCGAAGCCAGAGGCGGCAUUGUGUCUUUGGCAUUGACUGCCCUCGAGGCACGCUAUGUGCGCAUGGAAUGGGAAGAUGGCCGAGUUGGGCGGUUCAAGUUGUCUAACACUGGUAUCGUGGAGCGCGCAGUUGUUAUCGGCGACGGUGGCCGGGACAAACAGACUGAAAAUGCGAUGACCGGCGCCGGUGGAAGAGUGGAGAGCCUUCUCGACAGACUACAAAGGCGCGACUCAAGAACAGCAUGA